AGUUUCCCAUUCCUAGUUUGUUUAUGUUUUGUACAAAAUAUCUUUGAAUAUGCAUCAUGUCGUCUUCGUUUAGAUAUAAUCUGUUAAGGAGUGUCAAGCCAUACACUCCAUUCACUCCGCAACUGACUAAGUCCAUGUUGCGAGUCCUUAUUCAAGUGUCUGUGCACUAUAUCGAAUCAAAAAAGUCCUCUUCGGAAGUCCUUUCCCUAGCACUAAACAAACUGACAAAUGGAGGACAUAAAAUUCCUCCAAACUUUUGUGAACUUUUCACGAUGAUUUUCUUGAUGAUGCAAAUCUUUUUAAGAUAUCCCAAGGGAGUGGUAAAACAUCAUGAGCUGCGAAAAUGUUUAAUGGACGAUUUAAAUUUAACCGAAGAAUAUGUUGAUGAUAUUUGCAAGGUUUUGCUAAACCAUCGAGACAUAUUGAGCAAGAACUUUUCAGAAACUAAAAUGAACCGUGUCAAAAUGUCAAAGUUGCAAUGGAGAAUUAACAUUUCUCUAUCGUUAAAUACCGUGCAAAUUGAUAAGCCUACAAUAGUACUCCACUUCAAACUCCAAAAUAAGGAAUAUCGAACUCUAGAAUUGCCACUGUCUAUGUUUCAACAAGUCCGCUAUAAUAUUGCGCUUUUACUAAAUGAAUUGCAGUCAUUGCAAGGCCGGUUGGCUUUAAAAUAAUUAACUUGUUCUGUUGUCCACUUAGUAAAAUAAUACAACCCAAUUACAAAAA